AUGUUCGCCGUUGGCUGCAGCAUGGGUCCGCUGAUGCACUACUGGUACCUGUGGUUGGACGCCGCUUUCCCGGCGCGGGGCGUGCGGGCUGAAAAAGUCCUCAUCGAUCAGCUGGUGGCAUCGCCCGCCCUGGGCGUCUGGUACUUCCUCGGUAUGGGCACACUGGAGGGCCAGUCUCUAGAGGAGAGCUGGGAGGAGCUGAAGGAGAAAUUUUGGGAGUUUUACAAGGCUGACUGGUGCAUCUGGCCGGCGGACGGGGUGGGGCCGGGUCCCCGCCAGCCGUGCCUCGCCGCCGCGGCCAGCCGGGCUGGUGCCGAACGUGCCUGGUUUCUCUUCUAG